AUGCUGGGGAAGAUCUGUGUCUCUAAAGAUGCAGAGUUUUGUGAUUCAAGUGGAAACGCUAUUCAAUUAAGAGGUGUAAACUUUGAUCCUACGGUGAAGUUUCCUGCAGACCCUUACCUUCCAACUAGAUUGCCAAUCGCUGGAAAAUCUAUUUUGGAGGAUGCAGAGAAUGUCAGUUUUGCAGAUCAUCCGGUUCCUCUAGCUGAAGUCGAACUCCAUGUGAACAAGCUCAAGUCUUUGGGGUAUAAUUGCAUUCGAUUCCCUUUCACCUGGGAGUCUUUGGAACAAAAAGGUCCCGGUGAAUACGAUUUUGACUAUAUGGACUAUGUGAUUGAUGUAUUGCAAAAAAUCCGGUCCAUUGGAGGCAUACAAGUCUACUUGGACCCACAUCAGGACGUUUGGUCGAGAUUCUCUGGUGGCUCGGGUGCUCCACUAUGGACACUUUACUGUGCAGGCUUUCAACCCACCGGCUUUGAAGCAACCGAAGCUGCUGUGUUGCAUAGCCAUUAUACCAGUGAGAAGAAAGAGUAUCCCAAGAUGCUGUGGCCCACGAAUCUCUAUAAGCUCGCAUGCCAAACGAUGUUCACUUUGUUCUUUGCAGGCAAGGAUUUUGCACCAAAGUGCACCAUCAAUGGUGAAAACAUUCAGGACUAUCUGCAGGGAAAGUUCGUUGAUGCCGUAAUGCGUCUUUACUCUAGGAUACAGGAGAAGGCCCCGGAGUUAUUUGUGGAAAACUGCAUCAUUGGUCUCGAGACGAUGAAUGAACCAAAUUGUGGUUACUUUGGGGAGAAGGACCUAGGCAUUAUCCCAAAGAAUAGGAAUUUGAAACGUGGGUCCACGCCAACAGCAUUUCAAAGUUUUAUUCUCGGUGAAGGACAUCCGGCCAUCGUCGACCAAUACGACAUUUCAAUUUUUGGUCCUACCAAAACUGGUACACAGAAGAUAGAUCCAAAAGGGACCAAAUGCUGGCUGACCGCUGAAGAAAGAAGCGAGGUAGAUGCUAGAUAUAAGUGGGAAAGAAAUGAAGAGUGGCUUCCUGGGCAAUGUAUUUGGAAAUUACACGGAGUUUGGGGCGAGACUGCUCUGGGACCAGAGUUGAUUAAAAAGGAUUAUUUCGCUAGCUUAAGAGACCGUACUGCAGUGGAUGAGUCUUACUUCAUCAACCACAAUUUCGUUAAUUUCUACAAAAAUUUCCAAUCAAAGUUUAGAAGUAUUGAUAGAGAUGCAUUAUUAUUCAUGCAGGGAAUGGUUUUCAAAGAACCUCCGAAGCUACUGGGCAGUGAUUUGAUAGAUAAUCGAACUGUCUAUGCAUGUCAUUACUACGAUGGGAUGUCAUUGAUGUUCAAAACAUGGAGCAGAAAAUUUAAUGUCGACACUUUUGGUAUAGUUCGUGAGAAAUACUUGAAUCCUGCGUUUAGUGUGGUUAUUGGGGAAGCAAAUGUUCGUAAGUCAUUCAAAAGGCAGCUGCGAGACAUGAAGCAAGAGGUGAAGGAUGUUUUACAUGUACCAUGUUUUUUCACCGAGAUCGGUAUGCCUAUCGAUAUGGACAACAAGAAGGCCUACAAAGAUGGUAAUUUUUCUUCUCAAACAGCAGCAAUAGACGCUUUGCAAUUGGCACUGGAAGGUGAGAAUCUAUCCUAUAGUCUUUGGUGUUACUGCUCAAAGAAUAGUCACAAAUGGGGGGACGAAUGGAACAAUGAGGAUUUUUCGAUCUGGUCCAUGGAAGAUAGCUCUAAAACUAAAGAACCAAAGAGGGAAGAAGACGGUAGAUUAGAUUCCGAGGCCUCCGAUUUUAUACCGUUUGCGAAAAAGCUGGAACUCGAUUCGCCUCCAUGUGCUGACAGGAAUUCGCUUGAUUUCGACGGUAUUCGUGUUCUUGAUGCGGUGCUAAGACCAUUUCCAGUAAAAAUUCAUGGCCAGUUCAUCAAUGCUGAAUUUGAUUUGCCUUCCAAGACUUAUUACCUGGAGAUCACGGCAAAAGUUGAUGCAGAAUUAUCACCGGACGCUCAUUCGUUCAUAUUCUUACCCAGACAUCAUUUCCCUCUUGAACAGGUACGUGUUAGGUCGUCAUCGGGUCGCUUCACUUACUACCGUGAAUAUCAAUUACUCAAAUGGUACCAUAGUUCUGGUAAGCAAUGGUUAAAACUUUCGCUGGCAGAAGAAAACCAAAGAGACCCCAGUCCCGAUUGUGUAAUCGCUUAG